CUUAGAGACAGUGAGGCCGCAAGAAGCGGAGAAGACAGGAGAGAUCAUCUGUAAACAUGGCGAGCAGUCAAAGGCCACCAUCAGCUCGUCCCAUCUCAAGGGGAGGCGUCGGCUCAAUUCCAAAUAGACCUCCAACUGGAAUGAGAGUUCCACCCACAGCAGGCAGACUUCCAACUGGUAUGCCACCUGGCACUGCCAGACCUGGUACACGUGGUGGGCCACAGGGUGCAAGUGGAGUGCUUUCAGCACAGAUAAGGGUAGCAGACCGACCUGUUACUCAGCAAGGCUUGAGUGGAAUGAAAACUGGAAUGAAAGGUCCUCAGAGACAGAUUAUGGACAAAUCCUACUUUCUUGGGCUGCUUCGGAGUAAAGUGAAUGAGCUUACAACAGAAAUGACAAAGCUGAAGAAAGAGAUUGAUACGUACAAUCAAGAGAACUCCGUAUAUCUGUCAUAUGAGAAAAGGGCCGAAGCACUUGCUAUUGAAAUUAAGGAACAGCAGGGACAGCUAGCAGACUACAACAUGCUGGUUGACAAACUGAAUACAAACACAGAUAUGGAAGAAGUUCUGAAUGAAUAUAAUAUGCUGAAAUCUCAGAAUGAUCGAGAAUCCCAGAGUAUAGAUAUUAUUUUCACAGAGCGACAAGCGAAAGAAGAUCUUAUCCGAGGCGUGGAGGAGGACAUUGAACGUGAGAAGCGAGCAGCCGAAAACAUUAUAAAAAAUAUGUCAGAGGAGAAACAGGCUGUUUACUUUUCCACAAAAGCAAAGAAUGAGCAACUUCUAAAGGAGUUAGAGAUUCAACAGGAAGAACUUGACUCAUUGGCUGAAAAGGAGGCGGCUUUGGAGGCUGAAAUUGCACAUUCCCAUAUUAAACAGGAGGCGGUACUGCUUUAUGAGAAGCUGCACAAUUUGGAGGCUCGUCGGGACCAAGCUAUUGCAGAAGACAAGGGCAUGGGAACUCCACAAGAAGAGAGGGAGAAAUUAUUAAAACAGGUCAAAGAAGAUAAUCAAGAGAUAGCAAGCAUGGAGCGACAGUUAACAGAUAUAAAGGAAAGGGCUAAGCAACUCAGCGAAGAACUGGGAAGGCUGGAUAUGGACUUGGAAGAGCACCAGGGAGAAAAGAAGCAAAAGUACAAAGAGCUUAAGAAAAAAGAGGAAAACUUGGACAACUUUUUUUCCACUUUUGAAGAAAAUAAGAACCAGGAAAUGGAACGCAAGUCAGAGAUAGAAACAAACAUUGUCACACUACUGGAACACUCAAGCAGAAAUCUAAAUCGAAUGAAACAAAUCUCCUCUGUCACCGCUCAAGAACUUAGAAUCAUGCAAGAAGAUCUUAGUUUUAAGGAAACUGAAAUGCACAAGUCACAGAGCACGUCGAAGAAUUUGACAGGCGAGAGCCAGCGUUUACAACAAGAUCUUCAGAAAGUAGAGCAGCUGGAAUCCAAGAUAAACAGUGAGCUGACAUCCCUUAAGGAGAAAAUACAGCAAAUGUCUGAAGGAUUAAAGACGUACAGUGAUUUGGAUGCCCUUAGAGCCUCUGCAGAAGAAAAGAAAAAGAAACUUCAAGAAGAUAGGAUCAUUUUAAACAAACGCAGAGAUACUUUUAAGAAGAUCAAUGUGCAGCAGAAUUCUGAAAAUGAAAAACUGAAAUCACAGCUACAGGACAAUGAAACUCACUCUCAGCUCACAAACUUGGAAAGAAAAUGGCAGCAGCAUGAACAAAAUAACUUUGUAAUGAAAGAAUUUAUAGCAACAAAGAGCCAGGAAAGUGACUACAAGCAAGUGAUGAAGAAUGUAACUAAACAGAUUGCAGAGUACAAUAAAGUCCUCAUAGAUGUACUGCAGAACUCCAGGAACUGAACCAUCCAGCUCUUCCUUCCUGCACACCAGCAUGUUCAGCACAUUGGCAGAGUGAUCGGUGUCUUCUUCAAUUACAACUGUAACAGCUCAACCUCAGAUGUUUUACACGUGUUUAGUAAU